GUUUAUUCUAUGGCUUAUCUGUUGUUGUGUGAUGCAAUGUCCAAACAUUCCUUCAAAAAUUAUUUACCAUCUCUAAUUAGUUGUGAUUGUGGGGAUUUCAACAUUCUAUAAGAAAAUUUAUUCUUUCAAGAUGCUCUCUAAUUUAGGAAUUGAAGAAUGCCUCAGAGAUUCCCCAAAAUUCAGAGCAUUUCUGGAAGACCAAGAGAGCCAUAUUGAUUUACUGGAAGGAAGAUUGGAUAAGGUUGUCAAAGUUUGCAGUAGCAUGGUUGAAGCUGGGAAAACUUAUGUUGCGCAACAGUCUCUUUUUGCUAAUAGUCUUUGGGAGUUAAGCGUUUGUUUUCGAACCGAUCAUGACACUACCUCAUACUUGAACAAAUUGAUUCAUGCUCUGCAAGAAAUGAAUAAGUAUCUAACGAUACUCCUUGAUCAAGCUUCAAGAACUAUUUUGAUGAAUCUGAACUCUUUUCUCAAAGACGUGAAAGUUAUGAGAGAAUCAAGGCAUCACUUUGAUAAAAUUUCAACCGACUUGGAUACUGCUUUGAUGCGAAAUGCUCAAGCUCCCAAAUCCCGCCCUCAAGAAAUUGAAGAGACCUUGAACAUACUGGCUGCUACCCGCGCUUGCUUUCGACAUACCGCCCUGGACCAUUUGCAUUGCGUCACGAAACUGAAUUCUCGUAAAAGUCAUGAAGUUCUUUCAACACUUCUGUCAUAUCUACAGGCUUGCAGCACAUACUUUCAUCAAAGCUAUGAUUUAAGUGAGGGACUACAUCCUCUUCUGAAACAAAUCGCGGAUGAGGUAACAAAAUUGCAGUUGGACACUUCACAUCAUGAGAAACAACUCGAUCACUUUCAUGCAUUGGUCAAUAAAGAAGACCUGGUUUCAUAUUCUACUGAUUCUGGCACUAAAAUGGAGGGCUACCUAUUCAAAAGAGCUUCCAAUGCUUUCAAAACCUGGAAUCGACGGUGGUUUUAUCUUUGUGAUAACAAACUAGUCUACAGAAAACGGACAGGAGAGGAACAAGCAACAGUAAUGGAAGAAGAUCUGCGGUUGUGCUCAGUGAGGCCUGCAUCUGACUCUGAACGCCGGUUCUGUUUUGAAGUUAUCUCGCCAACCAAGAGUCACAUGUUGCAAGCAGAAUCUGCCGAGGGAUACCGCGCAUGGAUAAAUAGUUUACAACAAGAAAUAGGUGCUGCAAUUCAGUCAAGCUCUUAUGGCAAAAACACGCAUUCCACUCUCAACACAUCUCAAAGCAAUUGCAAGAACAAACAACGUCGUACCAAAAUCUGGGAAGGAUUAUUGAAAAUACCAGGAAAUGAUACCUGCUGUGACUGUGGUGAGGGCAAUCCCAAGUGGGCAAGUAUCAACCUGGGAAUCACUCUAUGCAUCGAAUGUAGCGGAGUCCAUAGAGGUUUGGGAGUCCAUCACAGUAAAGUGCGGUCCAUCACCUUGGACGACUGGGAACCUGAAAUGCUUCGUGUAAUGGCUGAACUUGGAAACAAAGUUAUCAAUAGCAUCUAUGAAGCGGAGGUUGAUCAGCCAGAGCUCUUUUUAGAAAAACCAACGCCAAAGAGUACCAAUGCUGUACGAGAAGCCUGGAUCAGAGCCAAAUAUGAAGAAAAAUUGUUUGUGAAGCAAUUGAACAUUCAAGGGAAAGAGGCUUUAAACUCAUCAAAACUUAACCUAAAAGUUUCUCGAAAAUGGAGCGUCCGAAAAUUGAGAAGAAGACCGCGUAGUAGAGAAGACAAAAUUAGCACUAAAACAAUAGAGGAAAACUUUGACUUAAGUAAAAAUUCUGAACAAAGUUCAUCAGAACACGUGGACACCCCUGCCAGAGAAACACUCACUACCUCAUUCCAAGACUCAAUGUCAAGUUUGAGCAGUUUAAAAGAAGAACUCAUGGAAAUCGUACAGAAACCUGAACUAAUAGAUAUAACGGAGCGCAAGUGUGAUAAGUUGACAAAACCUGAUGUCAUAUCAUCGAUAGGAGUGUCAAAUAUUAGCAAUGGAAAGGACACUCUCAUUCUUUUUGAUGGUCAUGUUGGGCCUCAAACAUUAGACGAUACAAUAUCCGUCAGUAGCGAUGAUUCAAGUUGCGAGGAUGAAAACAAUACCUCUUUUGUCAAUGAAGAGGACAUAUCAAAGUUGGAACCAGAUCUUUUAUUAUACAGGGCAUCAUUAGCUCACAAUUUACCUGUCAUGUGCUAUGCUCUAGCGCUUGGGGCAAAUAAAUUUUGGUGCAAUAAAGAUGACAAAGGGAGAACGCAUUUACACCAGGCUGUGCUAAGUGGAUCAGUCAUGGCUUGUGAAUAUCUUCUUCUGAACGGUGUAAAAAUUAAUGCUCAAGAUGAUGAUGGGAAGACGCCACUACAUCUCGCUACACUCAGAGGUCAUACGGCUCAAGUAUGUCUUCUAUUGAAGCAUCGCGCUGAUCAGCACAUAGAGGAUAAUGAUGGAGACUUACCACUGGCUAUUGCUGUCAAUCAAGUUAAUGCAGAUAUAGUUACCUUAUUACGGUUAGGUAGAUUAAAUGAAGAGAUGAAGGAAUCGGAGCAAGGCGCUAGUGAUGAUACCUUCAAUGAUGUUUUCCAAGAUUUCUCUCUACGCGCCGCUAACUCGCCAAAUGAAAUGAUUCAAGAUAGUUCGUAAAGUACAAUUGCCUUCACUGUGAUAUUUAGAAGUCUAUUUGCAAAUCCUGCCUUUGAAAGUGCCCGCAUUUUGCCUUGGAGUGUUUUAGGUAAUGUUUGUGUGUUAUCAAUCCUUCAAAAGUUUUUGAAAGUUUUGAAGGUUUGUCUGACUGUUUUAAGUACCCAAAUAUAUAUGUUUUAACAGUUUGGCAAAGACUCAGUUGCCUCAUAAAUUUCGGUACUCAUAUCAGCUUUCCUUGUAAUAAUUAUCGUUGUUUUGUAUACAUUCUGUUAAUUUAUUCUGUACUCAAUGGGACUGUUGCUCAGUAUUUUCAACUCACUUCUAUGUGAAAAAUGAGAAAGCCUGCAUGUUUCUGUUUUUUAUUUCAUCAAAUUUUAGCCGAAAAAAAUACUUGUGAAAUCGUCAAAAAUCCAAGUCUGUUUCGAACAGAAAAAUAUUGCACCUACAGAUUUUGUGACCUUGUAAGAAGAAUUAACCGCCAAGUAUCCUUUUACUUGCAUUUUAUUAUUUAUUCUCAGGUUGCACUUGUAAAGAGAGGUCAUGUAUCUCGACCGUGCUUCCAAUAUAAUGGCUGUUUGAAGUGGUUAUUUUUUUUUAAAUGGAAAUAUUUGUUCUUAAUUUAAAUUACAGGUUAGCCGUGUUGCAUUUGAUUCAAGGUUGUUGAAACCAUGGGUUGUCGCCUCGUAUAAUGUCCUAGGUCUUGGGCCAAUGAAAAAUGUCCUUUUGAAGUAUUCAACUUCAGGCCUAUCUCUCAGUCAGAAAACCUGUUUUUAGCUCUUGAAAGCUCAAAAGCGGGUUUCAUGCAAAAAUUCAUCAUUUAUAAACUUAUUUUCAAGGCAAUUAUUGGUUCUUGCGACAGCCCCAUUAUAUUUUUUACUCAUUUUGUGGUUCAAAUUAAUCUGGUUUUGUUUUUCUAUUUUUCUGUUUACCAUCAGUGCAUGGUUCGUUUAAACCAAAGUUAAAUGAAAAAACACACUGCUUCUGAUGUUUCAUCAGAAUCUUAAAUUAGAGAGCAAGUACUUUAAUUCAAGCUCUAUACAAAAACAUUUUUUCAGGCUUUUGGAUAUUAAGUUGAUUUGUUUCUUGGUUUUUUCCAUUAUACUUUGGUUCAAUUGAACUGUGAGACUGAUUUAAAACGGAAAAAGUUCAUCACAGUUGUUAUAAACAUAACAGAGAUUUGAAAUUUUUAAUACAUGUACAGAAUCACUCCUACCAACUGGUUUGAAUAAAAUUUGUCAGAGAAAGUCAAGUUAAGUGUCCAAUUUUGCACUGGCAAUACCCUGUUUUAGACCUCAUGCCGCUUGUGAUUAACUGUUUUUAGACCUCAUAGCAUGGCGCUUGUGACUAACUGGUUUUUCCUUUUUUUUUUUAAAAAUUUAAUCCAAAUAGUGAAGGAUAUGCAGAUGUUCUGCUACCUGUAAAAAGUAACGAUUGAAGCUGAAUUGUUUUUUUUUUAACUCAAAGAGUCUUGAACCAAAAUAAUUCAUUCGAUAUUCUAAUUUGUCAACAAUGAUGCUUGUGAUACUUAGGCUGGAAGAUGAUAGUGUCAGAAUCUUGCCGCUAAGAAACCAGACUAAUUUGGACAGAAGGAACAAUAGGCUAUAAAAAUCAAAGAUUACCCCAUCAUGUUGAUAUUGGUUUGUUGAAGUGGCUCUCGCAAUGAGAUUUAAGUGCUUUCUCCUCUGAAUGAUCGAUAAUCUUUUUUAUUUUUAAUUUUUACAAUGUGUAAUCAUUUUUUAAUAAGUUAUAAUAUUUGAAAAUCAUAUCAACUCAUUACAUUCUAAGUUUUAUUUUUUUACCAAUGCAUGUUUUGAUCAAGAAUGUUACUUUUUAAUGCCUGCGUUUUAAUUUGAAGCAUUUAAGUAAGCUCUUACUUCUGAAGAGUGUACUUCGUUGACUUGUAUGGACAUUCGUAUUCACAAUGUUAGUUUAUUGAAAUAGAGUAACUUUUAAUAUUGCUAUAUAUUGCCAAUAGAUAUCAAUGCUUUUUGUUAUUAUGCUAACAUUUGCUGUAAAAGUUUUUAUGAUAAAUAAGUGGACCGAGGUUCCAGCUGGAAAGGUACCUAUUUUUUGCUUACUUCAGUCAUAGUAUAUUUGUCAUUGAUUCCUAGAUUGGAAUAGGUGCUCUUUUAAGUAUAUCUAAGUACAUGAUUCCUCUCUAUUAAACUCAUUCCAAAUGUAAGAUCUAGAAAUAAGAUAUUUUUUAAACAUUGAAAAUGAAAAGCUAUUUACAGAGUCCUCCCCCAAUAAGUUUAAGCACUUUUUGACCGUGACAGAGGAUCUGCUAUCUUGAUUCUUGCAUUUACUUUCAAUGCUAAACUGACGUCACAUGAUCUUCUGUCACAGUCUAGAAGUGCGUAAACUUAUAUGGCCUGGAUUCUAUCAAAUAAGAGCCAUGAUUGUAGGAAUAAAAGUUUUCUUUCCUCGGAA